AUGUCCAAAUACAAUAAGACAUCACUCGUCUUCCUAUCGCUUGUUAUACUCAUAUUCUGCCUACCGACCUUCACCAUCGGCAGACAUGCAUCACCAUUGUCACUGCUAGACUUGGACUUCGAUUCGUCUUCGUCUUCAUCGCAUCAUCACACACUCCGAAACUACAGACCGCCACCACCACACCGACCAAAAACAAACCGAGCGUGGGUGGGUUUUUCGAGUCCACCGGACAUUGUCAAGGGAGUUGUGGUGUUCUGGGAGACGUCCAAAAAUAAUACGAUCGUCGCAGGGCAAUUUAGUACCGGAUUCGUGGAGGGAGAAGAAGCGGAUUACACAUUCAAGUUGUAUAGGGGAUCCAAGGAGGUCAUCGAUUUGAAACCGUCUGAUGACUUGUUAGAUAAAUUGUUUAAGAUCCGACCCGACGGAGCUACGGAUUUCUUCUUGUUCACCAUCGAAGACAAAUUGUUGAUUAGUGGGGAAGACUCGAUCUUGGGCACAACCUUUGUAAUUGGUCGUCCCGGAGUGUUGCUUGGAAAGAAUGAAGUUGGUCCACUGAGCUGCCAUUAG